UCUAAUUUUUUGAAAUAUCAGAUUCAGAUUGACCAAACCAAACCUCAGCUCUAUACAACAGCUCUAAGUCCUGCAGUAUUAGUAUUUUAACUGUAUUAUUUCCUCUCCACAGCUUCAGAAAUAGACGGAUGGAAACAGUUCAGUCUGAGGAGACACUGAGUCACAGGAAUCACACACACCUUGUCCUGUUGUCAUUUCAGUGUGUUGUUGUUUCAUGAUGGACGUGUGUUUGUUCUGCACUUUUCUGCUGUUUUCUGCCUCAGGAGUCCUCAGUUCUGCAGAAGAUGGUUGGUCUAUGAAGGUUCAGGCUGAGGUCCGGGCCAUUGAAGGUUACCCCGUGGUGUUGCCCUGCACCUUCAGCCACCCGCAGCACUCCCAGCAUGCCUCUCUGCAGGUCCUCUGGCGUCUGGGUCACGGCGUGGGCUCCACAGUUCUGUUUCGCUGCACCAGCCGGGCCGGAUCCCCCACCUGUGACCCGGGACCCCAGCAGGACCAGAGGUAUCGGCUGGAGGGAAAUCCCAGGGAGCACGACCUGUCUCUGAGGAUCAACAGCGCCGCCCUGCAGGACAGUGGACGCUACUUCUGUAGGGUGGAAGUCCAGGGGAAAGAACAUGUGAGCUUUGAAGACAAAAUGGGGACCAGACUGCGAGUGGAGGCACCUCCAAAGAUCCUCAGCCUGUCGGUGGAGGGCGGUGAUCAGUCCACUUACAGAGCUCUGUGUCGGGUCCAGGGUUCCCCGCUGCCUGAUGUCCAGUGGCUGGGUCCAGAUGACCUCCUGGAGGGCUCCCCGGUUGGGGUUGAGGUGGGUCCCCUGGCUCAGGGCUCGGUAACAGCCCACUUCCACACGGUGAGCCAGCUGAGGGAUGUGGAGCCGGACCAGCAGUACACCUGCAGCGCCUCCAACCCGCUGGGCAAAGACCAGGCCACCCUGUACGUAGUGAGACCUCACCCCACGCCAUCUGUGGGCAGGGCUUCACCGCCGCUGCUCCUCCUGCUGAUGUCCGUCUGCCUGGGGGCAAAGGUCAUCCUGCUGGUGGGGAUGGGGGUGUGGAUGGUGCAGGGAGGGGCUCUGCAGGGACUUAACUGCUGGUGGAAAUAAUCAUACACUAUCUGUUUAUUUAUCUAUGUAUUAUAUAAGUAAAUACAUAAUUAUACUCACUCAUGUUACACAUGGUGAAUAUUUGACUGGUUAUAAGGAUUCAAAAUGUGUGACUUUAUAGAAGAAGUAAUGAUACAGACACAAAAAAUAAAAAUAAAAUAACAUCAGAGGGACAGUUAUUUUACAGUCAAACCAGUUUAAUGUCCUUCAUAUCACUCAUCCAGUCCAGUCCAUUUUAUGUACUAAUGUAUAAACAAUAAUGUAUUUCUAAAUAUUAUAUUAAAACGGUCACAUUACAUCUGAAGUUGACAAUGUGCAUGUGUAAAUUCUGAUUUUAUUUGUAGCCAUUACCGUAUAUAUGAAAAGUAUUCUAAAGGUUCAAGGUGACUUUAUUAAUGGGUUCUCUCUCCAUCUUUUACAAUU